AUGUUGAAAGAGAGCUUUGAAGUGAAAUAUCUGGGAGAAGCAAAGUUUAUGCUUGGAAUCCAGAUAACUAGAACAGCAAAUGGUUAUUCUCUAGAUCAAUCUAGCUAUAUAGAGAAGAUCUUGAAGAAAUAUAACUAUUUCGACUGUAAACCUGCGUGUACUCCGUAUGAUGCUAGUGUAAAGCUAUUUAAGAACACUGGAGAAAGUGUAAGACAAUCAGAAUAUGCUAGCAUCAUUGGCAGUCUCCGUUAUGCUGCGGAUUACACUCGACCAGACAUUGCAUAUGUCGUGGGAUUGCUUGGCAGGUUUAACAGCUGUCCUAGUAGAGAGCAUUGGAAUGCUAUAGAGAGGGUCAUGAGAUUCCUCAAGAGAACAGUAAACCUUGGUAUACACUAUCAAAGGUUUCCUGCUGUACUAGAAGGGUAUAGUGAUGCGGAUUGGAAUACCCUAUCAGAUGACUCCAAGGCAACUAGCGGGUAUGUUUUCAACAUUGCUGGUGGAGCUGUGUCUUGGAAGUCAAAGAAACAAACAAUCCUAGCUCAAUCAACUAUGGAAUCAGAGAUGAUAGCAUUAGCAACGGCUAGUAAAGAAGCAUGUUGGUUGAGAGGAUUGUUGUCAGAGAUUCCCCUAUGGGAAAGGCCGGUCCCUCCGGUAUUGAUCCAUUGUGAUAGUACCGCAGCUAUCGCUAAAGUUGAGAACCGGUUCUAUAACGGAAAGAAACGAUAA